AUGUCGACCGACAAGAAGAACAUUCUCAAUUGGGUGGAUCCGAAGGAUAAAUCUGGAGAGUUCAAGAGGCAGACGUCUGUUUUCCGGAACUUCAUCUCCAACAAGCCUGGCGCCGAAUUUCCGCCAGAGAAGGGGAGAUAUCAUCUUUACGUCUCAUAUGCCUGCCCUUGGGCCCACAGAACUCUCAUUGUGAGGAAGCUCAAGGGGCUUGAAGAUUUUGUUUCUUACACCAGCGUGCAUUGGGAAAUGCUCGAGAAGGGAUGGCGCUUCGCCACUCCGGAUGAGAAUAUUCCCGGCGCCAACACCACGCCGGAUCCGCUGCAUCCGGACUUCACGCAUCUUCGUGACAUCUACUUCAGCCAGAACCCCGAUUACGAAGGGCGCUUCACGGUGCCCACGCUGUACGACAAGAAGGCCAAGAAGAUCGUCAGCAACGAGUCGAGUGAGAUCAUCCGCAUGUUCUACUACGAGUUCGAUGACCUGCUGCCGGACGAGUACAAGCAGGUGGACCUGUUCCCGGAGGCGCUGCGCAACGACAUCGACAAGACCAACGAGUGGACGUACAACGACAUCAACAACGGCGUCUACAAGUCGGGCUUCGCCACGACGCAGGAAGCUUACGAGCGCAACGUCAAGGUGCUCUUCGCCGCGCUGGACCGCGUCGAAGCCCACCUCGCCUCGUCCCCCGGCCCCUUCUACUUCGGCGACAAGGUUACCGAGGCCGACGUGCGCCUGUACACGACCAUCGUCCGCUUCGAUCCCGUCUACGUUCAGCACUUCAAGUGCAACAUCCGCGACAUCCGCUCUGGCUACCCGGCCAUCCACCGCUGGCUGAGGAAGCUGUAUUGGGACGUUCCCGCAUUCGGCGAGACGACGCAGUUCGAGCACAUCAAGUACCACUACACGAAGAGCCACAAGCAGAUCAACCCUUUCAGCAUCACCCCCGUUGGACCGGAGCCCUCAAUCUUGCCAAAGGAUGAGGAGGUACCGGCAGUGAAGGCUGUGAAGGCGUGA